AUGCCGGCUUCCGCCGAGUACGAUGUCCGCGCCCUCGCGCUGCCCCUCGAAGACGAAGAGACCGGCCAGUCCCCCAUCUGGAGUCGUCGGAGUCCCCAGUCCUUCCGUCGCGCAACCACAACCCCAACAUGGAAGCAGCGCGUCUUCUCGCAAUAUUCUUCCCUCACCCGCCGCAUCUCUUCACAAUAUGCCAAACUCAGCUUCAUCCAAAAGAUCCUCUUCAUCCUCGGGAACCUGCUCAUGGCAACCCUGGCCAUACUCUUCCUAGUCUACAAUGAGAAGAUCUUUGCCAAACUGCUGCCCGCAGCGAAGAAAUGGAGAGAGGUACCAGGCGGAUGGUGUAUACUGUGGGCGGCCAUAUUCUUGGUCUCGUUUCCACCCUUGAUAGGAUACGGAACUUUGUUGGCAAUAUCCGGCUUCGUCUAUGGCUUUCCAAACGGAUGGUUCAUAGCCGCCACCGCCACAGUCGCCGGCAGCACAGUAUCCUUCCUCAUCUCCCGGUCGCUCCUCAAAUCCCUCGUCCAGCGCCUCAUAGCAAAAGACACGCGGUUCACCGCCCUCGCCCUGACCAUGAAACACGACGGCCUCAAACUCCUCAUCAUGAUCCGCAUGUGUCCGCUGCCCUACUCUCUCACAAACGGCGCAGUCGCCACAUUCCCCACCGUCCACUGGGCCUCAUUCGCCCUCGCAAACGCCAUUGUCAGCCCCAAACUCAUGCUGCACGUUUACAUUGGUUCCCAGUUUGAGAAGCUGGCGGAUAGCGGCGGGAAGAUGGAUCCGGGCACCAAAGCCCUGUCCUACAUUUCCAUUGCCAUUGGCAUCAUUGCGGGCGUCGUGACGGGCUGGUUCAUGUACCGCAAGACGAAGCAGAGAGCGGCGCAAUUGGAAGCCGAGGAGCGCGCGGGCAUACGGCGGACGAGCAUCGAGGACUUGGAAAAUGAAUACGUUGAUGAUCCGAGUGCGCUCGAGGCUGCGGCCAGGCUGCGCGAAGACGACGACGACAUUAGUCUACGGAGUGGCUGGAACAAUGAUGUCUAUAGCGAUGAGCCGCCGGAAACGAGCGAUGCGGUGGAGAUUGGCGACGAUCCGUUUGGGGACGGUGAUGGGGAGGAGACGGAUGAAGACGCGAGGGAAGACAAAUGA